AUGAAAUCACAAUUAGUAGUGAUAAAACUCUUGUAUGAAAAUGAAACAUCUAACAAAUUAAAAACUAAUUAAGAAUUAUAGAUAUAUAAUAUUGAUGAAUAUCAAUUAAAUAAUGUUAUAAAUAUGAUCAUUUAAUCUGCUAAGUAAAGAAAAUAAGAAUGUGCAUGGACUCAUUUUUGUAAUUGAUAAUUUAACAGCUAAUCUAUUUUUUUGAAUUCAAGAAUAUCAAAUUAAACAUGUGCAUUCAUUGAAAACUUUAGUUAAUUUCGCUCUAAAACUUGUGAUGAUUUACUUAAAUUAUAUUACAUCUCAUACUUUAUGUAACUAAUUGAAUCACAAUGCACAACUAAUGGAAUUGAUUAUAUUAUUUUUGGUUAAUGUUCUACUCACAGAACUGCUUAUAUUGGCCUUAAUACUUAAGGAGUAAAAAUAUGUAUUUUGGAUUAAAGAGAUAAAUUUAAUAGAGGUAUCAAAUGUUCUAAUUUCUAUAGUCGAACUAAUCUUGAUUGCAAAUAAUAAUUGAGUGAAUGUAUAACUAAUAGUAAUAUUUGUAUCUUAGGAGACCCUUGUGAUGAAUAUACAUACUUAAAUUACUGUAUUCAAUCUAAAAAUUAACUCUGUUUAUGGAUUUAGAAUUCAUGUAUUAAUUAUUCUAAAUGUGAAGAUGCUAAAUUAAAAACCUUUUAUGAAUGUCAAAUAGUCGCACCUUUUUGUACAUCAAAUAUAUAAAAUAUAUAUCACUUACUUUUUGUGCUCAAUAUGAAAAUGUGGAAACCUGUGUAUUUAGUUGGGAUAAAUUAUGGGAAUGAAAUGAAAAUGUAAAUCCUUUAAAAUCUCCUGAUAAUAAUUUUUGUAGAUUAAAUCAUAAUGAUUUUAUAUCUGAUGGAUAUAAAUGUAUUUAAGUAGUUUAAAAAUUUAUCUAACAACCUAUGCAUGGAUUAAUCAAUCGAAGGAAGUAGGAUUUAAAUAACAAAGACCUGCGAAUCAAUAUAAAACACAUUUUAUAUGUUAAAAAGCAAAAAGUUACUGUAAAGCCAAUCGAACUACUUAAUUUUCAUUUUAAAAAAGCCCUAACAAUUGUGA